AUGGAUGUGCUGAGCACCCAAGAUAAACCGUGGUGGGCAGGAGUAGCACUCGUCGCCCUUGCAGCUCUAUGCCUCCUCAUCUCCAGCACCGGAAUACCCACGAUCCACGGAAUACGCAACCGCAGGGCAUCAACAAGCCACACCCCACCGCGCUCAAUCUCACCAGAGAAAAAGAAGCCCUCGCAGCAAAAGACACCCGCAACCCCCGUAGAUGUCCUGCCGCCGCAACGUCGUCAUGCCCUUGCAUCAAUAGGCCUACCGUACAAAGAAGUCCCCGAGGACGAAGUCCGACAGCGCAUCCUGCCCAUGAUAGAGGAUUACCGCGACUGCGAGGAGGAGCGCUACACGCCGACUGGAUUCUCGGUUGCCGAUGUCAAAGCCCUGGGCGACUUUCCUGACUAUGCGGCACUUAGUGACGUACCAUUGCCCGAGGCGUAUGAUAAAUUUGACAUUGAGAGGGCGCGGCCUAGGCCAUAUCGGCCAUUUAGGUGGAGUUAUCAUCAGACCAUGUCACUGACGAAGCUGGAGCCUAACUGGUGGAUUGAGGUUGAGAAUACGUACAGAAAACGAAUCGCUCAGCGUAAGGAGCUGUUUGCGAAACACGGCAAGAGCGUUCUGGGGUCACUUCCAGGAUCGGAAUUGGCGUGCAAAGAGCUCAUGGAAAUGGUUUUGCAGUUUCUCUGCGCAAGGUAUCCCCAGUAUUUCUCGUUGGUUGACAAGCGGAUUUUCAAGAACAAGAUCCUCGGCACGGAGCAGGAUGUUAGGUCGAAGCCUCCGUUGGAUAUAAUCAUGGACAAUGUCCCUGAGGACUUUGGUAUUAUGUUGCGCGAUGACAAGACUGGGAACUAUUUCUUGCGCGCAGGUGUGAUCUGCUCCGCACUGGGAUGGAACGUUGGGAGCAAAAUUGGGCUUCAGCUCCAUCAGAUUCAUGAUCCUAUUCCAGACUACAAAGAGAAGAUGAAGCUCUCUAUGGAUCGUUUCUUCACGAAGAUGCCGGUUGAUAAGCCUAUCCAACGAGGAUCCUGGGGCCUCGAGAUCGGAGAACCAUUGUACAUGCCCCCUGGUGAUCCUCAUGAGAAGCUUCGGACGUUCCAAGACCCCAAUCUUCGGCUGGAGGAUUGCCAUCUGCGAGUCGACUGGCAGACUCUUCGUCGUCUUCCUCUUUCGGGCGCCAUUAUUUUCAACUUCAAAGCACUGUUCACACCAGUAACGGAAUUCCGCGACGAACCUUGUAUUCCAGCGCUGGUGGCGAAGAUUAUGAAGGAGGGAAAGGAAAAUCUGCUCCAAUAUAAGGCCACAUGGCAUGUAGAGCAUGUGGUCCUUAAAAAGUUUGAAGAAUGGGCUCGAGAGCAAGAGGAGAAUAGUCUUGCUCCUAAAGGCUGGGAGGUGGCUACAUUAGAGGACAGUCCAUGGUUCAAGAAUUGGCAGGAGAAGUGGCAUCGCCAGCAAGGGUUUUAA